GGCAAGCAAGAAUCUUGCUCGAGCCAUACCGCUAGUAUUUGUGUAACCCAACGCAGCGAUCGCGCUCUUUGUCUCUCUGUCUCUAGGGUUUUGUAUCGUCGUCCACCACCAUAGUUACUCUCAUUUGUAUAUACAGAGGGAAGAAGAACAAGAAGAAUGUUUAAAAGGGGAAAGAAGAAGGACGAGGAAGAGUACGCAUCCGACGGCGACGCUCCCCCUAAGAAAAUCUCAAAGAAGGACUCCGCCGAUGAUGAUUCCGACGACGGCGACGACGUCGUUGUCUGCGAGAUUUCGAAGAAUCGGAGAGUUUCUGUGAGGAACUGGCAAGGAAAAAUUGUGGUCGAUAUUCGGGAAUUCUAUGUCAAAGAUGGCAAGCAAAUGCCUGGCAAAAAAGGUAUUUCACUGCCCAUGGAUCAGUGGAAUGUACUUCGAGACCAUGUUGAUGAAAUUGACCAGGCAGUUGCUGAGAAUGGUUAGAAAGCUGGAGGAUAUGAGUAUCUGUUUGAUGUCACUGAAGGAAGCGUUGUCAAUGGAACUGAAAUUGCUGUAUUUUGUCUACCUUCUAGGGAACUAGGAUGGAAUGGUGAAUGAAACUGUUGAUUUUGUAUCUAUUUGAGGAGUAACUUUUAGCUAACUUGCUAUUAAAUGUUAUCAAAUUGCUAUAUUUUGUCUAUCUUGUAGGGACUAGGAUGGAAUGGUGAAUGAAACUGUUGAUUUUGUGUAUCUAUUUGAGGAUGGAAACUGGGUAGCUUUUGGC